ACAAGCUGACCGAAGAAAUGAUAAUAUAAUUGUUUGGUUGGUUGUAUAGUGGACUGAGAAGCCAUAGCACGUGGGCUUCUUGAGAUUCUGACUUCUCUCGCUUAACUAAUUUAGAUUAUAUUCAAAUUCAUGCUUUUCAUUUAUGUUUGAUUUCACAGUCAAGCAACAGUGUUCAACGGAUUUGAAAUCGUAAAUUGUAGCGAAAUUUUGCAACCGUUCGUUUGGUCGAAUUUAAAUCAAAAUUCCUUUACUUUGAGGAAAUUCUGCUGACCCACUUAUGGAUUGGCACAAACUCAAGCAUCUUUUCCGCUAGCAUUCAAUGCUAUAGUCGAGUAAUCGGAUUGACUCGUCGGUAAGGUUGUUAGAAGAUAAGUAACUUGUCGACUGUUUCUUACCAGAGGUAACAAUGGGUGCCUCAUUAAUGGAGGCGUUUACGAAGUCACUUGCUAUGACAAUUCUUUCAGAGAUAGGGGACAAGACUUUUUUCGUGGCCGCAAUCAUGGCAAUGCGACAUCCUAGAAGAUUGGUUUUAGCUGGAUGCCUUGGGGCUCUCACUGUAAUGACUAUUAUCUCUGUAGUUUUUGGCUGGGCUGCACCAAACUUAUUAUCUCGGAAAUGGACUCAUGUUAUAACAACAGUUUUAUUCUUUGGAUUUGGAUUUUGGUCAUUAUGGGAAGGCAUCACAGAAGAAGGAGAGUCCGAAGAGUUGGCUGAGGUGGAAGCUAAGCUGUCCACUGAUUGGAAGGAUAAUGCACCUUCUAAGCAAGCAACAAUAAAAGGGAGUAAGGUUGAAGAUGAUAACAAAAAACAGCAGAGACCAUUCUUCACUCAAUUCUUUUCACCAAUUCUCCUUGAGGCAUUUUCCCUGACAUUUUUUGGAGAGUGGGGUGAUAAGAGCCAGAUUGCUACUAUUGGACUAGCUGCAGAUAUAAAUCCAUUUGGUGUGGUUCUCGGGGGCAUUUUAGGGCAGGCUUUGUGUACUUCUGCAGCUGUGUUUGGUGGCAAGAGUUUAGCAUCUCGUAUAUCUGAAAAGAUGGUUGCAAUUUCUGGUGGAAUUCUGUUUGUUGUUUUUGGGAUUCAGUGUCUAAUGAUGAAAGCUGAGAAUGCUUGAAGUAUCCACUCAUUUGUGGAUGUUGACUAGGGUUGACUUUUUUUGGUCAUUUCCUCUGGUCAUAUAUGUCCUUAAAGAGUUUAUUUGCCGGGACUUCAAUGCUGCAUUUUCAUGGCUAAAUUUUUCAUCAUAUGGGAUGAUACCAGUUAGAAUGCUGCAAUUCUUGCAAAGUAUGAUCUUUGGAAAAAUAAACACUUAAUGUUGCUAUUAUUCUCUCUUGGGCAACCCCUCUCCAUUUCAUUAAUUGCUACGCUAUUCAUGUAAUCCAAUUUCCAUUGGCAGCUAAGCACAUUAUUUGUUGCUUGAGAUUGAAUGGAUUCAACACUUUUCCAGCAAGAGUUUUAUUAAUGGGCAAUGAAUUUAUGAGUGUUUUUACUCCGUUUA